ACGAGCACUGAAAAAAAAAAAAAAAGAAGGCAAAAAAGGAAAAACAAAAACGUCUCUCUCUCUCUCUCUCUCACUUACACGCACACACACUCUUUCUCGCUCUUUCUUUUUCCCUCUCGCUUUUAUCGUUUUCGUCUUCUUCUUCUUCCGCUAUAUUUUUAUCGUACGCCGCCGUCGAUUUCGCCGGAACCCUAAUUUGUUCCGCCGGAAAUACUAAUACUUCGGUAGGUGUACUUGUUUGUCCAUUGACUUUGUUCAGUUAGGGUUUCUUUUUGUGCUUUCUUUUGGUGAAGCGGAAAAAAAAAAAAAAAGAAAAUUGUUUUUGAGGAACGAGACUAAUAAUUUUAUCGUACGCCGCCGUCGAUUUCGCCGGAACCCUAAUUUGUUCCGCCGGAAAUACUAAUACUUCGGUAGGUGUACUUGUUUGUCCAUUGACUUUGUUCAGUUAGGGUUUCUUUUUGUGCUUUCUUUUGGUGAAGCGGAAAAAAAAAAAAAAAGAAAAUUGUUUUUGAGGAACGAGACUAAUAAGUCUAGGGCUUGUGCAAAGCAGUAGAUGAACAUACUAUUGGGGAGCAGUUGAGAGAUCAAACGGGCUGGAUUUCGUCACCGGAUGGAGGGAGGUAGCGUCUCUAGACUUACUUCUUCUGGGAUACACCCAUGGAUUAUGAUGACAAUGAUUUUCAAAGCCAAAAUCUUCAUUUAGCUGGAGAAGGGAGCACUAAAUACCCUCCUGUUUUGCGGCCAUAUGCUCUUCCCAAGUUUGAUUUUGAUGAUAGCCUUCAGGGACAUUUGAGGUUUGAUAGUUUGGUUGAGACUGAGGUUUUUCUUGGUAUUGAGAGUAACGAAGACAACCGCUGGAUUGAGGAUUUCUCUCGUGGGAGUAGUGGGAUACAGUUCAGUUCAAGUGCGGCAGAGUCUUGCUCCAUUUCAAGGUGUAACAAUGUAUGGUCGGAGGCCACUUCCUCUGAAUCUGUUGAAAUGCUAUUAAAAUCGGUUGGACAGGAAGAAAUUAUUCCUGCGCAGACUAUAAUUGAGGAAUCAGAUGCCUGUGAUUUACCAGGGUGCUUAACAAAGGAAAUGGAGCCUAGUUUGAAGCAUGAUGAUAACAUUCUUUCUAAAACAAAGGAUGUUCCAGGUGUACAAUCUUUAUUACCUCUUGUUGAAAUUCCUGGAAACUUUUCUGGGUUAAAGGGGGAUGUAGGAGUGGAACAACCUUGUGUCAAGGAUGGUUCACAAACUCAAGAAGAUCAGUUAUUUGUCGAUGGAAGUUCAAAUAACUUGGAUCCAAAUGCUGUUAGUGAAAAGUGUGGCGUAAGUGUAACUGAUGGAAAUGCCUUUGCUGGCAGCAGAGAUGAUGCACAGAAUAGGGAAGCAGAUACUUCAUAUGAUAAAGAUAUGGAUGCCAAAGCACAAGAAGAUUCUUUUGCUCAAGGGACGCCUGUUGACAACUCGCUGACAUCUGUGCAAAAUAUUAUUACAAGCAAAUCUGAGUUGAGUAGUAGUGAUGUCCAACAUCAGAUAAAUGUUAGCAAUGAGAAUCUAGGUGGUCAUGUGUUAAGCGAAAAGGUCCAAAUGGAUAGUCAGAAUAUGGAUGGAAAUAUAGUUGAUAACACAACCUGUAAUUAUGAAAAACUUCUCUGUUCGACUUCAAAGGUGGAAACUGUUGCAGAAGUAAACGCGGUUAAAGAUAGCAUAAUUAGUGGGGGGGAAUUUUCUAGUAACAUACUUAAAGGUGAUUCUUAUCAGCGUGUGGUGGAUGCAUGCAAUGAAGGUGAGUGUUCUGGAGUUGCUGUUGAGACCAGUAAAUGUGAAGAUAGGGUACUUUGUAAAGACAUGGAUGUUGGGGGUGAGCAGGAUAAAGUAAAUAAACAUCAGUUAUCAGCAGUAUUAGUCAUAGGUGAUGCUCAGUUAGAGGGGCAUGCCGUUGAGGCCAACUUUGCUAGUGGUGUAGUAGCUUCCAGUCUAGAAUCCAAAUUGGAUUCUAUUGUGGAGAUAACAUAUGGAGAGAGCAGGUCCAAGGAGGAUGCAGUAAAAAGUGAUCAGCGUUUGGAUAUUGUCAUGUCUGAGGAACCUUUGGCAUCCAUUGAAGACAACAAUGUGUCUAAGGAUGAAGGUAAUGAAAGCCGCAACAGUCACAUGGGAGAUAUUUCUGAUGUGACUAUUAAAAGUUCUUCAGCUGAAUUGGGUAAUGAGACACUUGUUACUGGAGUAUCGAAAGGUGUUAAAAAUUCCUUUGAAGUUCCAAAAGAAAAUUUGAGUGCAGAUGACCAUGUUUCACCUGCCAUACUUGCUGAAUCCAUACAAAUACAUGAGCAAAAUAAGGCCUACAGUGACAGUGAUGUUCAUAGAUGUAAUCAAGAUGCAAUGGUUAACAAAAAGGAGAGCACAGAGUUGCCAAUUGAUUCAAGGAAUAUAGAUGGUGAAAGUGUUGAAUCUUCAGAUAAGGGCUUUGGGUCCUCAUCAUUUGAAGCUAGCAAAGGAGAUAAGUUGAUUGUUUCCGAACUACAACAUGCAACUGCCAUUGGCAGUGGUUCAGUUUCAGAUGUUAACUUGGAAAAUUCCGUACCUGCUUCUUCUGACACAAAUGAUCCUGUUCCUUUGUCUACGGAAAAUGAUGUUAAAAUGGAUGUUGACCAUGAAGAGAUUCAAGCAACACCUCUUUCUGUUGUGGGCUUUGCUGACAUGGACAAAAAGGAAGAAGCUGCUUCUAACAUUUCCAAAGAAACAAGUUUAUCAUCUCCUGUUUCAUCUUCUCAGGUAGAAGCUGGGCUGGGCACUGUUUCUGGAGCCAAAGAAGGUUUGCCUUGUGAUACUGGUGGACAGCUCUCAUAUGAGGCAGUUGGUCAGUCUUGUACAGAACCUGGGAGUGAGCCUCAAGCCCCUGCAGCUAGUGAAGUUGGUAAGGAUCACACUAAGGAGGUGAAUGUGUCUCUUGUUGCCUUUGAAUCUACAGAAAAAGAGGCUGCUGUUGCCGAAGCACCUGAAGGUCAUAAUGGAGCAACCAAGGAUAAAUAUUUAGGGAGGGAUACUGCAGAUUCUUCAGAGCCAGCCACAACUAAUGAUAAGAUGCUUACACAGCCUGGUGUAAGGUUGAAGGAAAUGUGUAGCACAGCUCAAAUUGCUCAGGAAGGCAGUGAAGCUACCCUAGUAUCUAAAGAUAAGAGUUCUGGGCAGACUAUUGAGCCAAGCCCCAUUCGAGAUGCUUCUGGGAAUCAUGCUAGCUCUGUUGCUUCUGAUCCUUUGCUUAAAUCUCGUACCAAGUUCGUUUCACAAGAUAAUGGAGGCAGUUCUGCUGAUCAGAAUAAGCCUAUUUAUGGUUCCCCUAAGCUUGCUCCAAGAAAAUAUGGAAAAGGGAUCGUGAAGGGAUCAACAAAACAGAAAUCAACAAAACAGAAUAGUCCUGUUACUUUGGUUGUUGAUCAGGAUGAUGGAAAUGCUUCGAAUUCCCAUGAUCCAAAAGGAAGUGACACCUCUAAGGAGAGGAUAAGUGGCAACUUUGAUGUCAGCGCAUUAGCAGAAUUGUCUAAAGAAGAUGCUGGAAAGAAUAGCCAAUCUACUGCAGCGGAACCUUCAUCAAAUCCCGUCUUAGGCCAAUCGGAUGCUAAGAUUGCACAAGAUGUUGCACAGGCAUCUGUACGAGUAUCUGAUGCAGAGAUCGUACGUGGUCGUACUAAAGGUACUCCCGAACGUAAAACAAGGCGUUCAUCUGCUAAAACAACAGGAAAAGAUAGCACAAAGAAGGGAACUCUUGUGAAAGACACAACUCCUUCGAGGCCAUCAGAUAAAGAGAAAAUGAGCAAUGUGUCUCUGAGCCAAUCUGGAAUGUUCCAGCUGAUGCAAUCAAAUGAGAUGCCGCAUUAUGGACAUGUGGAAUCUACUAAUACAAAAUCGUAUUUUCUUCUCAGUGCAGCGACAUCUAAUUUGCCAGAUUUGAAUACUUCAGCUUCACCAUCUGUGGUGUUUCAACAGCCUUUUACAGACAUGCAGCAAGUGCAAUUACGUGCUCAGAUCUUUGUAUAUGGGGCUUUGAUUCAAGGGAUAGCACCUGAAGAAGCAUACAUGGCAUCAGCAUUUGGGGGACCUGAUGGUGGAAGAAGCUUGUGGGAGAAUGCCUGGCAUGCUUGUAUAGCAAGGGUACAUGGUCAAAAUGCUAACCCGAUUAAUCAAGAAACCCCUCUGCACGCACGUACUGGUGCUAGGGCUCCAGACCACGUGGUAAAACAAAGUGCUCUCCAAAGUAAAGGUACUUCCCCUGUUGGUCGAGCAAGCACGAAAGGUACUCCAACAAUUGUGAACCCCAUGAUACCUCUUUCAUCACCACUUUGGAGUAUUUCUACUCCUGUUGGUGAUACCCUGCAAUCUACUGUCGUGCAAAGAGGUUCAGUUGUGGAUUAUCAGCAGGCACUUACCCCAAUGCAUCCUUUUCAAACACCACCAAUGAGGAACCUUAUUGGACAUAACUCCUCAUGGAUGCCUCUGCCCACCUUCCGUGGCCCCUGGGUUGCUUCUCCACAACCUUCUCUACCUGAGGCCAGUUCUCGUUUUUCAACAUUUCCUAGUACAGAAGCAGUUCAGUUGACUCCCAUCAAGGAAACAUCCAUACCCCAUUCGUCUGGUACAAAGCAUAUUUCCUCUGGUCCUGUGGUUCAAAGUGUGGGUCCAGCUAGUGUGUUCUCAGGGCCUUCCCCCUUGCUUGACCCAAAAAAAGUGGCAACAUCAGUUGGGCAACAUUCUGCUGAUCCUAAGCCUAGAAAGAGGAAAAAGAAUCUGGUUCCCGAGGAACCUAGCCAGAUAAAUUUGCAAUCUCAAUCUCAACCAGAACCUGUUUUAGCUUCAGUUGAUACAAAUAGUCUAUCGACAUCUGUUACCAUCACAGCCCCUAAAACAUUUGUUCCUAAACCUACGUCUGAUAAAGUUAUUCCCUCAGUAGCUCCUACGUCUUCUGAACACUUCCAAAAAGUAGACCAAAAUGCAGUGCAGACAGCUACUUUAUCAGAGGAAACGCUUGGUAAAAUUAAGGAGGCUAGGAAACAAGCUGAGGAUGCUGCUGCUCGUGCUUCUACAGCUGUUAGUCACAGUCAAGAUUUAUGGAGUCAGUUGGAUAAGCAGAAAAAUUCUGGACUGGUAUCAGAUGUUGAAGCUAAAUUAGCUUCUGCUGCUGUUGCGGUUGCUGCUGCUGCUGCUGUUGCAAAGGCAGCAGCUGCGGCUGCUAAUGUUGCAUCUAAUGCUGCAUUGCAAGCAAAAUUAAUGGCUGAUGAAGCAUUGAUUUUAAAUGGUUCAGUAGGUUCCAUUCAAUCUACAAGAAUAUCAUUUUCUGGAGAGAAUGUAUUAGGAAAGGCUACUCCUGCAUCUAUCUUAAGGGGUGAAGAUGGAGCAAACAGUUCCAGUUCAGUGAUUGUUGCUGCUAGGGAGGCUGCUAAGAGGAGGGUUGAAGCUGCAUCAGCAGCUGCUAAACGAGCUGAAAACAUGGAUGCUAUUGUAAAAGCUGCUGAGCUGGCAGCAGAAGCUGUAUCACAAGCUGGAAAAAUUGUUGCAAUGGGCGAUCCUUUGCCAUUGAGUGAGUUAGUACAAUUUGGCCCAGAGGGUUAUUGGAAAAUAGCACAAGUAUCCUCUGAGCAAGGUGGGAAAUCAAUUGGUGUGGUCAGAGAACAAUCUAUUGCAGCUACUUAUGAAGAAUUUGCAAAUACAUCCAAGCAUCCAAAAGAUGGACAAUCAGGUAAGAAAGGAACACAGCUGACUGCCAAUGAGAAGUCACCUAUUGUAAAAGAGGUGAGUAAGGAAUUGACUGAUGACCAUCUGAGAUUGGUAGAUGGCGUCUCAGGUUCUGUUGCAUCCAGUAAAAGGGAAUCAAGAGGACAGAAGGGCCGCAAAGUUUCUGAUUUGACACCAAACACCAACGUUAUUCUUGAAUCAGAGACUGGAGAAAAAUCUUCUGCUGUUAAUGCUGAGAAUGAAUUUGGAAAAGCUGCAGAAAUCUCCGAAGUAAAUAUAAUCAAGGAGGGUUCGCAAGUGGAGGUUUUUAAAGAUGGUAAUGGAUUUAAAGCAGCCUGGUUCACAGCUACGGUAUUAAGUGUGGAGGAUGGGAAAGCUAAUGUGAGCUAUGCUGACAUUCAGUCAGAUGAAGGCUUGGGACAGCUAAAGGAAUGGGUGCCACUUAAAGGAGAAGGCGAUAAGGCACCCAAAAUUCGCAAUGCCCGACCACUUACUGCCAUGCGAUAUGAGGGAACAAGGAAAAGGCGCAGAGCAGCAAUUGGGGAUUAUACUUGGUCAGUUGGAGAUAGAGUUGAUGCAUGGAUUGCAGACAGCUGGUGGGAAGGAGUUGUCACAGAAAAGAAUAAAAAAGAUGAAACUACCUUAACUGUCCAUUUUCCAGCUCAAGGUGAAACAUCAGUUGUCAAAGCUUGGCAUCUUCGGCCUUCUCUCAUCUGGAAGGAUGGAGAAUGGGUUGAGUUUUCAAACUUGCGAAAUGAUUCCUCUUCCCUUGAGGGUGAUAUACCACAGGAGAAACGUAUAAAGUUGGGCAGUCCUGCAGUGGAAGUCAAGGGGAAGGAUAAGAUGUUGAAAAGCAUUGAUGUUGCAGACUCUGGGAAACUUGAAGAGUCAAGAUUACUGGAUUUAUCUGGAAAUGAUAAAGUGUUUAAUAUUGGCAAAAGCACCAGAAAUGAGAACAAGCCAGAUUCUACCAGAACAAUUCGGACUGGUUUGCGGAAGGAGGGUUCAAGAGUUGUUAUUGGUGUUCCUAAACCUGGAAAGAAGCGGAAGUUUAUGGAAGUUAGCAAACAUUAUGUGGCAGAUCAGGGCAAUAAGGUUAAUGAGGUGAAUGAUUCAGCUAAAUUAGCAAAAUACUUAAUGCCUCAAGUAUCAGGAUCUCGUGGAUUAAAAAGUACAAAAAAUGAUACAAAGGAAAAGCGAGUGGCUGAAUCCAAGCUGAGGAGUCUCAAGUCUGGGAAGCAGCUAAGUGUAUCAAGUAGAACUGUUCCACAGAAGAACAAUUUGUCUGGUGCAGUUACUGCUCAUGGUGAUGACACAGUGACAGACCAUACAUCAAAAAUCAAGGAUUCUUUGAGCCAUGAUGAGAAUUCAUCAGGAAAGCAUAAUCAAAUGGAAACUGGAUCCUUCUCUAGCAUAGAGGAAGCAGCAGAAGGACCAAUCGUAUUCUCUUCAUUGGCUCCCACAUCUGAUGUUCCUCCAUCAAAGAAGAAUUCGACAUCAAAUACUAAAUCUGAACGGGCAAAUAGAGGAAAACUUGCACCUGCCAGUGGAAAGCUGGAUAAAAUUGAGGAAGACAGAGUAUUUAAUGGUGACUCUGGCAAAUCGAAUUCCGAAUUAGUUGAACCUCGUAGAUCUAAUCGCAGGAUUCAGCCAACAUCCAGACUAUUAGAAGGACUACAAAGCUCAUUGAUCAUCUCAAAAAUACCUUCUGUUUCACAUGACAAGGGUCAUAGAAGUCAGAACAGGAGUACUCCUAGAGGGAAUAAUCAUGGCUGAGAGAUAUUUGCAAAGAUGGGUUUCCAGACUUCCAGUCUAAAGGAAUGGGUGGUUAAAGAUUACCAUUAUGCCCAGCACAAUUUGUGUAUAUUUAUAGAGGAUAAAACUAGGGAUGGAUUUUCUUGAUUCCGGUGGUUUUUUUAGUUAGUUGUAAUGAUCUAGUUGGUAGAUGUUCAUAUUGAUUUUAGUUUCUCACCGUAAUGGUUUCUGUAGGUCUUUGCCCA